AUGGAAUCCGAAUAUAUAAAAUCCAUUGCAGAGCUUCGCUUUGACACCAUUAUCUUCCCUCUUUACUUGGGUUUGGUUAACAUGGUGGAGAGCGUUUGUGAUUUGUGGGAAACGCUGAAAACAGACAUGAUAAUGGUGUUAGUGCAGAUUGCAUAUGCUGCGGUGAAUGUUCUAUACAAGCUUGCCAUUAACGAUGGAAUGAGUAUGAGGGUUGCUACUGCCUAUCGCCUCAUUUUUGCAUCCGCUUUCACUGUUCCUGUGGCUCUUUUCUUUGAUAGGAAGAAGAGACCGAAGAUAACUUGGAGGGUGCUAUUAUUGGCACUUGUUUGUGGAUUGUGUGGGGCAAGUUUAUUCCUAAACCUUUAUGCAGAGGGCCUGGCUUUGAUGUCAGCAACCUUUAUGAUGGCCACCAUCAACCUUGUUCCUGGCAUUACCUUCGUUAUGGCUCUAUCCUUCGGAUUGGAAAAGUUAAAUUGGGGAUUAGCGGAAGGAAGGGCCAAAGUGAUAGGCACAAUAGUUGGAAUUAGUGGAGCAAUGAUGAUUGCCUUUUUCAAAGGGAUAGAAAUUAAUAUUUGGUCUUCCCAAAUGAACCUUAUGCAUCCUCAUAAGGACCAAAACGGGCAUGUAGCAUUGCACCAUGGCUUUCGACAUAAACUGUUGGGUGUUUCAUGUGCCAUAGCAAGUUGCUGCAUUUAUUCUUUGUGGUUCAUUGUUCAGGCUAAAAUGAUUGCAGAAUAUCCAAGCCCUCACUCAAGUGCAGCUUUAAUGACCACAAUGGGAGCUAUACAGGCCACUGUUUUUGCUCUUUGUGUUGAGAAGGAUUGGAACCAAUGGAAACUUGGUUACAAUAUCAGGCUUCUCACUGUGGCUUAUGCGGGAAUAGUGACCUCUGGAAUAGUGUCUGUGGUUAUUGCCUGGUGCAUAAAGAAAAGAGGCCCUAUAUUUGCGUCUGCUUUUAAUCCUCUACAGCUUUUACUUGUGGCUAUCGCUGCUUAUUUAAUGUUGGAUGAGAAAUUAUAUUUGGGAAGUGCGCUUGGAGCAGUGUUAAUUGUGUGUGGUCUGUACGCGGUGCUUUGGGGUAAGGCACAAGAUUUAAGAAAGAAAUCGCAGCUAAUGCCAUUAGAAAACACCCAAGAGUUGGAAAAUGUUGAAGUUGUAGUUACGUCCACGCCCGUAGAUCAUAAUAAAAGUGUCCAAAGCAUUCAGAGUCAAACCCCUGCAAACGAGAAUGCCGUAACGAUCAAUCACUGUUAUUUAUCAAAAACUUGA